AUGUAAAUACUCCUGUAAAGCCAGUUGUAAAGAAACGUUGGAUUUUUUCAGUAGCGAAGAAACUCAUGCUGCAACUUCAGGAAUGCUAAAACCAAGAUUUGACAGUGUUGCAACGAUACCAGGCAUCUUACAAUGUCAUGCAUUUAUUACAUAUAAACAUCGGCAAUUGCAGCUAAAGAAUUUGUCAGCUGCAACAGAGAGAAAUUAAAAAAAAUAAAAUAAAAAAAGACAAAUCUUCGAAAGAAUUAAAGGCAACAAAAAAGCAAAAAAACCCUGCCAAGGAAAUGAAAUCAAAGACAACGAAAAUGCAAAAUAAUCUGUCAAAAAUAGAAAAGUUAAGAAACUGGGAAUUUGAUGAAAGAAAGCAGCAAGGAAAUAAACCUUAAAAUUGUUUUUAAAUACACUUAAGGAAGGAGCAAAAAAAGACAGGCAGAAACCAGUAUAUAUAUAGCUGAAGCAUCUUGAAUAGAACAUUCAUUCGUCAGUAAUCAUUUGCCAAUCAUUUGAGCAAUAAUUCAAGUUGACAACAAUGAAGAUCUUUUUUCCAACUAUUUUAAUCGCAUUUGCGGUUUUCUCCAACUUUGUUGAAGUAAGUCCAAUGCAAAUGUACAAAUCGAGACCAGAAGGAGAAAGCUCGAGAAAAGGAAAGGAGUCCAGUGGCACCGAGGAAAUUGUCAUACCGUCAGGUAAAACAUCGGAAGCAGUUCUUUUUUACUACAAAGAUGGUAAAUAUCACGAAAUUCUUACCGCAAAAAAUGAGAACCUAAAAAAAGUUAAGGGUUGGUACGUUGGAAAAAAAAUCAAUUGGCAAUCAACUUAUCCACUGUAUAAUAAAGAACAUGAACAUGUCUUCCAAUGGGCGGAGGAGCCAUUUAAAGAGACACAGCAACAUAAGGCAUCUCCACAAGAACUUGUGAUGCACAGUGUUUACCAAAGAGAAUGAAAAGUCAUAAAAAAAUGUAUUAUGUAAAAUAAUUCAAUUUUACAUUUAAAUU